UUAACGGACUUAACACUGGUGGUAGGAAUGGCGGCUAAGAUUACUAGAAGAAGGAACCCAAAGACCAUGAAACUUUACUUCUAACGGCCCCGCUGAGGAAUUUGUUUCCAGCGAAACGCAGAGAAGCCAUCCCAUAACGGAUUAACGGGAGAAGAAGUGCCAUAACGUGAGAUUAACGCAGCAGAUGUCCCGGCUAAGGAGGUGGACGCACUUUGCGACUCGCUAGUUAGCUUAACGUUGGUGCCACUGACUUUGAUUCAAGGUAGCCGCUAGCUCGCUGUACUGCUAGCCAGCUGUUGGCUACUUAGCCCAACAAGUUAACUAAGUAAUUAACUGUAUGAAAACAUUCAUUGUUUGAAUAUUAGAGUGUUGACCAGCUGCCUUUAUUAACAGAUAGUAUUGGCGUUUUUUUUCUUUUCCAGAGAGUAGGCUCAGGCGACAACAAGUCGACACAGCGCGCUGAGAACAGUGUCACUGCUAACCUAGCUCGUGCAGUAACGCGAGCUAAGUUAGGAUCCUGAAGUCUCGCCCAUUUUUUGGAUCCUGCCCUAGCCAUUGGCUCAGGGCUAAUCAACAGCCAAGUAGUUUGGGUUUCGGGGUCAAUUGGUGCUACAAUGGAAAGUCUGACGCUUACUGAUGUCGAGCAGAAAUAUUACUCGGACUUGUUCAUCUACUGCGAUACGGACAACACCAAGAAAGUGGCUUCCAAUGGGAGAGCUCUUGACCUUUUCCGGGCGGCCCAGCUACCCAGCGAAGUUGUCCUGCAGAUCACAGAGCUAUGUGGAGCCACUCGGCUGGGUCACUUCGGGAGAAGCCAGUUCUACAUCGCUCUGAAGCUUAUUGCCAUUGCCCAGUCCGGUCUGCCCCUGAGGGUGGAAAGCCUCAACUCGGUCAAAGACCUGCCGCUGCCCAGGUUCGUGGUGGGGAAGAAUGAGGCAGAGGCGAGGCACGCAGCUCUGUACCAGGACUCCGACAGUCAGGGGUUGUACCCAGCCUCUGCCGCUGCAGUAAUGCCCAGACCACCAGGCAGGGGUCUCCAGAACAAGAAAGGAACCCCAUCAGCAACUUCACUUCCUGCCCACGAGGUCAUCCAGCCCCUGGCACCCAGCAUAGAACCACAGCCCGAACCGACGUCCCCCGUGGUCUCCCCUCAACAGUCUCCCCCCACCUCCCCUCCCUCGUGGAGGAAACACAAGCGGCAGACCAGUGGAGGAAACGUAGACAGACCAGCGGUGGUGGCUCCAACUGGAGCUGUGUGGACGCAUUUCAGAGAACCACAAGCAGGUCCGGUGCCCGCUGAUGGAAUGUGGCCGUCCCACUCGCCCCCGCCUCCAGGUCAAGAAAGUUGGGUCAGUUUCACAGCAGACACCCCGCCAUCCAUCCCAGGAAUGCAUCCCUCAUCAGUCCAGGAAAGCACAACAAUACGAACGGUGGCCUCGGCAGCAAUGACCAAUGAGAUCCAGCGACAGUCCAGCGGCUACGAUGAUCCGUGGAAGAUCACAGACGAGCAAAGACAGUAUUAUAUUAACCAGUUCAAAACCAUUCAGCCAGACCUCACCGGAUUCAUACCUGGUUCAGCCGCAAAAGAAUUCUUCACCAAAUCAAAGCUGCCGAUUUUAGAGCUGUCACAUAUUUGGGAGCUGUCAGACUUUGAUAAAGACGGAGCACUGACCCUGGACGAGUUCUGCGCUGCUUUCCACUUGGUUGUGGCCAGGAAGAAUGGCUACGACCUCCCUGAGAAGCUGCCUGAGAGCCUGAUGCCAAAGCUGAUAGACCUGGAUGACUCAGCAGAGGGCUCGGAGCAGACUGCUGAUGUUGGAUACUCUGGAUCCCCGGUAGAGGUCACCCCCAGCAAGUCCCCCUCCAUGCCUUCACUUAACCAGGCCUGGCCGGAGAUGAACCAGAGCAACGAGCAGUGGGAGACGUUUAGCGAGCGCUCCUCCAGCUCACAAACUCUGACCCAAUUUGACUCUAACAUUGCACCAGCUGACCCUGACACGGCCAUCGUCCACCCGGUCCCCAUCCGGAUGACGCCCAGUAAGAUCCACAUGCAGGAGAUGGAGCUGAAGAGGACUGGCAGUGACCACAACCACCCGACCAGUCCACUACUGGCUGAACCUCCGGAACUGUCCGACGAAGCCAAUUUACCUGCUUCCUUGAAGUUCGUAGCAGCCAACACUGUAGGUGAUGGUUACAGCAGUUCAGACUCCUUCACCUCUGACCAGGAGCCAACCACAAGACAAAGAUCUCAGUCAGGAACGUCUCCAGAGGCACUGAAGGUGGUAGCCCCCCCACCACCUCCACCCCGCCCCAACGCCUCUCACUCUCGUUCCUCGUCUCUUGACAUGAACCGCACCUUCGCUGCCGCAGCUGUUGCAGGACAACCACAAUCCUCUACGAUAGCGUACCCGCCUGCUGUGCCUCCUCGACCGCUACCCACACAGACAUCAGCACCACACACCGGGCAUCGUGCGGAGGCUGAAGGUGCAUCAGGAGGCGGUGCGGCGCUUAGCACCACCACCUCCCCCCAACAGAUUCCCCAGCAGCCCAACUUCGCUGACUUCAGUCAGUUUCAGGCCUUCGCUGCAUCUGAACAGCCUUCAAGCCUGCCGGAGGUCGAUAUACACAGUGAGCCUGGACAGGUGGAGAAGACAUCGGAGGGAGCCGGCCCUUUAAGAACAGUGAAGAGUGAUGGCCAAGCAGAUGAGAGAGCCUCAGCUACGGUCAACUCUGCCAAAGGGUCUGGGUCUGGGUCUGGGUCUGGGUCUGGGUCUGGUCCGCUAGCGCCUCCUCCAAAGCCUGUGCGGCGGAGGUUGAAAUCUGAAGACGAGCUUCGACCGGAGGACGAGCAACAUGGUCCGCAGAAAUCAAACGUCAUAGCUGCCGUCCUGGCCACUCAGCCCUCCAUCCCCAGGUCAGUCGGAAAAGACAAAAAGGCAAUUCAAGCUUCAAUCAGAAGAAACAAGGAGACAAACACAGUGUUGGCACGACUUAACAGUGAACUGCAGCAACAGCUGAAGGACCUGCUUGAAGAGAGGAUAUCCCUAGAAGUCCAGCUGGAGCAGCUCAGACCUUUCUCUCAUCUUUAACUAACGUGAGGCGGAAAACUCUGCUUUAGUGAAGCAAGGCUGGGGCCCUCUGUGUGACUCCGCCUCCAUCCCUCCCGCCUCCUCCCACCAUCACGGCUUCCUCUGGAGGCUCCGACCUGCUGCAGGGUGCUCCGCUAAAACUCCCGCGCUCAAUCCCACAAUUAAUUAAUUAAUCAAAAACCAGAAGGACCUGAGAGCAGUCUUAUCACGAGGAGGAGGGGGACAAGAGUGUGGGGGGAGGAGACUAUACACACUGGCACUUUUUAAUUUUCUCUCGAAGUGAACGUGAGGACGACAGCGGACUGAAAACAGUUCGGAGCGGUGGACAAGACACUCCGAACUGCGAGUGCCGUCUCAAGACAAACUGCUGGUGUCUGAUUACUUUACUCUCUGAAUGACUGAAGAAGAAGAGUGUGUUUGUCGUGUGUGUGUGACCGUGUAUUUGUGUUCCUGUUUUUUGACUUGCUUGAAUCCAGCACCAAUGUGUUUUAUUUUCCCUUGAGGUGAAGACUCCGCAGCACCAAACCCCUGUUAAAUUCAGGCAGGUUUAAAGAAGCGGUGUAGUACUUUUGAGAAAUACACUUUGCUUUCUUUCGUAGCGUUUGAUGAGAAGAUCCAUAUUAAUCUCAUGUGUGUUAGCUCAGCUUAGCUUAGCAUAACGACUGGAAGCAGGGGGAAGCAUCUAGCCUGGCUCUAUCCAAAGUUCCAAACUACACCUCUAAAAUUCACCAAUCAACAUGUUUUUCUGUCCUUUUUUUCAAAAAACAUAAAUUUCUGAGUAUAGGUGGUAAAUGCUGGAACUGUUGGAAAUGUGCUUUGACUGCUUCUACAGAAGUAACCUUAUUUGUAUUUCUCAAAGUAGAACUCUUCCUUUUUAAAUGUCUUAUCAUUUAUUGGUGUGCCUCCUUUUCUCCUACCUUCAAAACUGGAAAAUUGUGGAAAACUCUAAAAACCUUUUCUGAUUUAAAUAUCACCAAAGAUCAUCUAUCGAUUUGAAGAUUCAACCAUCUUCAAAUAGUCUGCUAACAAAUAGAUCACAGAGACGUGCUGCCACACACGUUGGAGGCUUUGAAAACAUGAGAAAUUCAAGUAAGCAAGGAACGUAAAAUGUACUUUUAUUUUUUUUGGACUGGGGUUUGGUGUGGUUGGUUUCCAUUAAACAUGCUGGGCUACUUCUGGACAGGUUUUAUGCGCGUGUUUUUGUGAGGCCUUAAAAGGCUAACUCAUCAUGGUGAAAGCUUUUUUUUUUCAUAUUUUUUUUUUAAUAACUCAUCCUGUGAUAUGAAUUCAACCCACUUUUGUUGUUACUGCCCCUUGAAGUCUACUGUGUGUAUGUUGAUGUGUUGAAAGAAUGUCUUUUAAAAAAAAAAAAAAUGUUCUCUCUGUACGCUAAUUGGUACCCGGGGUUAGAUGUGACUGAAUGGUUUAACUUUAUGCCAAAUGACUGAACUAUCCCUCUGCUCGCUCACCUCGCUGUGUGUUUUUAAACCAAGAAAAGCAGCCUGUUUUCCUCCCUACAGGUUUCUCUUGAUUUAUUUUCAAACAUAACAGUGUAUCGACGUUGCGUCUUUCUUUUAAACAUCUCAUAGUUGCUUGCGGUCAUUUCCUGUCUGUUACCGUCAGCCGGGAACAGACAUCCACUUGAAGGUAUUCCAGCCUCUAGACUGCAGGAGGCAUUUAUGCAUAAUGUUGCUGAUCGGGGGAGAAGAUUUCCAGCAAACACGCAUGCACAGAUCCAAACUGAUGGGGCGGAUAAGCGUUUUGAUAUUGGUUUAAAGAUUAAUUUCCAAUCGGGCAGUCGGCACUAUGCAACAUGGGGGGCGAUACAUCCUCACAGACCAACUAUACUUCUGUAUUAGUACUACGACAGUAGCGACUGUGAACAGUGUACUCUGUAUCUUAGAUCUUCCAGAACACCAUCUACUGUAUGUUUAUAAUUAAUUUUGCCUUUUUCUUGACCCGACCCAAGAGGGAAAUCCAGACCAGUGUCUUAUCAGGACACGUUCGCCCCAAAAUCUGCAAGAUGUGACUCUUGCUGGGUGUCGACGAAGCUUAACGGCAUUACAGUCGGAGAUCAGUCAGCAGGAAGGGAGACCUGAAUGACCCAAAUGCACUUUGAACUUAACCCCCCCCCCCCCCCCCACACACACACACUUGUCUAUUUGUAUUUUUAUGUUACAUCCCUCAUCUGCUUUCUUUUAACAUUUGCAUGUUGGUCUCGUUUUUCACAUGUAUUUAUAAAAAAAAGAAAAGGAAAAAAAGCUUUAAUGAGAAAAAGAUGAUAAUCAACCACUCGGGUUUGAUCUUCAGUGUGUGUCGUCCCCGGAGCUUCCCGUGUCCGUCUUCUACUAAAGCCUUACUUCCCGACUGGCGUUCAGGUUUCCACGGUGGCUGACUGACCUCUCUUCCUUGUUGUAUCAAGGGCCGCCUUCUUGUUUUCUUCUUCUGCUGUUCAAGAUGAUGAUGAUGUGUGUGUGUGUGCCUGUGUGUGUGUGCCUGUGUGCCUGUGUGUGCCUGUGUUGCGUUGACCGCGUUGUUACUAAUACCAUUUAAAACCCUUUGUUUGCUAGCACAAUAGCUCCCCAUUCAUCUUCAACCCAAACGGCAUCCAGGCAGGAGCAAUCACAAAGUCUUUGAUGGGAUUUUGAAUGCUAUAUGCUCCCAGCGCUGUGUUGUAUAUUGUAUAUGAUACACACUUUUUGGACUCAUAUGUAAAUUUGCAUUAAUUGCUGACUAACAGCGAAAGAAUAUUCUAUUUAAUUUCUUCUCUUGGCUGUGGGAUCCUAGAUGUUUAACUGCAUGGAUGUACUGUAUCUCUGCAGAGUCAACUAGCAGCUGUGUGAUUUUUACACAAAAAUAAAAACGGCACAAUAUUUUAAA